AUGGCUGAUGUAGAAAAAGAUGGUGGACCGAGUGAGAAGGAAGUUAAUAAGCCAGAUAGCCCCAAGCCUGACACAGAAGUUGCACCUCCACUUGUAUCAGUCAAGAAUGAUAAAGAUGAGAAGAAACCAGAAGACAAACCUGCCGAAACCAAACCAGGAGGAGUGAAAGCUAAAUCUAAAACUAGUUUACAAACAGUUAAGACAGUCAACAAAAACACCAAAAAUGUUAUUUUAUCUGGAGAAGCAGUUAAAGAGAUGCAGAAAGCUGCCAAAGCUGAGAAAGAUGAGAGAAAAUUACAGAUGGACUCACGUCAUGUGUAUUUAUUUACUCAGAUAGCUGAUUAUAUUAAUAUAGAUUUCGCUACAGUUGAAGAUUUUAUUCUAGGGGAUGAGAAGUUUAAUCAGAUUGAAAGUUUCUUUGCUCCCAAUGGAUCAAGGAAGUUGAUGUUCUUUUACCAAGAUAAUAAGUCUCAAGGAUCCAACCAGAAGAAAUUAUUUAUCACCAAUGGAGAUUCUGAAGGUCUACAUGGUAUGUGUCUCUAUUUCCUACGAACUACAACUAAAUCUAUAUCACCCGCCAAUAUUGCCCAGGAAGUAAACUUUGGCAUGAUAGAUUGUAGUAAUGGUAAAAUAUUGAGUGGAAUGGAGAAACAUCUAGCUAAAGUUGUUUUACCAGCUCUUAAAUCUUUGGAGCAAUGGGGAUCACUAGAAACUAAGAAUGGUUCAAGUACUCAGGUAGAUGAUUUUCUAGAACAGUUAGAGAAAUUCAAUAAGAAUUUGUUGACAGCUGUAGAAAAUAUGGAAGGACAAGUUAAGCUAGAUGAUCAUGGUGAAAGUGAAUUAUUAGAAGGGAUGAACACAAUGGCUGACUAUCAAGCUGCUGCUGGUAAUACAGAACAAUUAGAGAAGAUGGAAGAAUUAUUAACAACAUGGUCUAAACAAAUAGAACAAGUUUUAGCUGAAAGUGAACAGAUGAGAAGAGAGGCUGAUGAUAUUGGUCCUACUGCUGAAUUAGCUUACUGGAAAUCUAGAAUGGCUAAAUUUAACAACUUGUUAGAACAAAUGAAGAGUAGAAAAGUAAAAGCUGUAUUAGGUGUUUUACAAGUUGCUAAAUCUAAAACCUUGAAAGUUUGGAAAGAAUUGGAUGGACGUAUAACAGAUGCUGCCAAUGAAGCUAAGGACAAUGUUAAAUAUCUAUAUACAUUAGAUAAAUUCUUUGGACCACUUGUUAAAUGUACUCCUGCCUCAAUGAUAGAACAUAUUCCUAGUUUAAUGAAUGCUAUAAGGAUGAUAUACAGUAUCUCUCAAUAUUAUAAUACCUCCGAACGUAUGACAUCAUUAUUUGUGAAAGUAACCAAUCAGAUGAUAACCACCUGUAAAGCCUAUAUUAAUCAGGGAAUAACCAAAAUCUGGGAACUUCCACGUGACGUGUUACUCACUAAGUUAAAUGAAUGUAUGAAAUUGAAUGAAGAAUACCAGAAACAGUUCCAAAAGACAAAGGAAAAGUUGAAAGAAAAUCCUAACGAAAGACAAUUUGAGUUCAGUGAGAACUAUAUAUUUGGUAAAUUUGAUACAUUCUGUAAGAGAUUAGAGAAGAUAAUAGAUAUGGUGAACACUAUAGAGGUAUUUAGUAGUUUAUCGGAUGUUAAAAUAGAAGGUAUAGAAACAAUAGCUGUUAAAUAUAAAACAAUCGUGGAGUCUACUAGAAAGAAGAAUUAUGAUGUAUUGGAUCACAGAAAGGGAGAGUUUGAUAUGGAUUAUAUGGAGUUUAGAAAUCAAAUUGAUAUUUUAAGAAUGAGUAUCCAGAACUUUAUGGAUACCUGGUUUCAGAAAUCACUGAGCAUGGAGAAAGCUAUUGAGAUGUUGGAGAAGUUUGAAGGUAUUAAAGGAGCUCAGUUAGAUAUGAAUGAGAAAUAUAUGAAAGUGAUGAUGGCUUAUGGAAGAGACCUGGAAACUAUUCGUAAAAUUUACCAGAAGUACAAAUCUGAACCGACCAUACCACGAAACUUACCUCCCAUUGCUGGUAGAAUAGCCUGGGCUAGACAACUCUAUAGAAAGAUAGAACAACCAAUGAAAGUCUUCAAAUCUAAACCAGAAGUCCUUAGGAAUGCUGAAGCCAAGAAAAUUAUCAGAAAUUACAACAAAAUGGCUGGAGUUCUUCUAGAAUAUGAGAUGCUGUAUCACCGUGGAUGGUACAGAGCAGUAGAAGCUGCUAAAAGUGGAAUUCAUGCCUCGUUAUUGGUUCGUCAUCCAGACACAAAUGAAAUCUAUGUGAACUUUGACCCCCAAAUUAUGGAAUUGAUCCAUGAAGCUAGAUGUUUACAAGCUUUGGGACUGGAUGUUCCAGACUCUGCCAAGGAAUUGAUUGUGAAAGAAGAGCCAAUUAAAGAGAAUCACGUUGCAUUAAGAGAGAUGUUAAAUGGAUAUAAGAAGAUUCUAUCUAAAAUACCAGCUGUAUUAUUACCAUUGAUUAAACCAUUUAGUAACAGAGUAGAAGAAGCUCUGGCUCCAGGACUCACUUCCCUAACCUGGACUUCAAUUAAUCUGGAUGGAUAUAUAAAGACUAUCUAUAAUGUGAUGACAGAGUUAGAUAAAUUAUCUAAGAUAAUAACAGAUUUAUUGGAUUGUCGGAUUGAAGCUGUUUUACAAGAGAUGUCAAUAACAGCUUUAUGUGAUUUACCAGAUGAUGAGCCAGUAACAGCUGAACAGUUUCUGGAACUAACUACUAAUGUAGUCAAUACUGCUUCAGAAACAUUGGCAACACAAAGUCAGCUAGUGGAGAGAGCUGUAACUGAAUUAGUUGAGACUAUUCAAUCAAGACUACUUCCAUCCGAACGUACCAAUCUCUCAGCUGAAGAAGGCUAUACCUGCAUUCAACCAGACACCAAAAAUAAAAAACAAAGAUGUCAGGAAUGUCAGCCAUGUUGUUAUUAUCAAAUCUUAAAUUAUUUCACUCAGAGAAACACAGAGGCUUUGGUUAAAUGUACCAGAAUCUCAUUGGAUACCAUCAAGAGAAGACUACAAGCUUCUAAUAGAUAUUUGAGUGAUGAAAUGAAGGAGGAUCCCAAACCACCAUUAUUUAAAGUGGAUGUCAUUCUAGCUAUUCCUAAUGUAGUAGUUAAACCAAGCUUAGAGGAUUUACAGCACACUUUAAAUAAAGCUGUCCAGAUCAUUCUCAAAGCAUCAGCUGAUAUUCCACAAUGGCAACAUCUUGUGUUGCAUCAACGCCAACAACAAAAGGAGGCUGAACUAGCUCUAGCUGAUGAUAAAGACGAUGGAGCUAAGAUGAUCCCAGCAUCUUCCCAGAUGAAACCAUUAAAUAAGAUAAUCAGUGAUCAUAAAGACGUGGUGAAAAUAGUCAUACAAUUGAAUUCUAUUAUUAGUACAUUUAAAGGGAAUGUACAGGAAUCAUUGGACAGUUAUACUAAAUAUUCUGAACUUUGGACUAAGGUACCAGAAGAGACUGUUAAAGAAUUUAUGGCCACCAAUCCUCUCCAGUCAGAAAUAGAAUCACAAAUUAAAUAUUAUCAACGUAUGGAAGCUGAGGUUGAGGAGAUUCAACAAUCAUUCCGUGUUGGUUCCGUGAUAUACCUGACCAAUAAGCUGGUACUUGCAUUGGUUACAGAAACCAGGAAUUGGAAGAUGGCGUAUGCCAAGGCUUUGAAUGAUAAAUGUACCAGACAAAUGGAUGAAGUUUUGGAAUUUACUGAGAAUUUGAUGAAGAAAUUAAACCGACCAGUAAAAGAUUUAGAUGAUGUCAGAAGUCAUAUGGCUAGUUUGAGUGAAAUCAGGGAAAAUGAAGUUCGUAUUGAUAUGACUAUUACACCAAUAGAAGAAACCUACGUCUUAUUAAAUAGAUAUAAUAUAUUCUUUAAUGAUGGUAAUGCUGAGAGAGUUGAUUCCUUGUCUUAUAACUGGAAAAAACUUUCUAGUAAGGUUACUGAAGUCCAACAACAUCUAUUAGAAAUUCAACCUAAAUUUAAAGCUGAUCUGUUGGAUGGUGUUGAAAUAUUCAAGAAAGAUGCUGAUGAUUAUGUUAAAGAUUAUGAUUCCAAGGGUCCAAUGGAAAGUGGUAUAGUACCAAGAGAAGCCUCUGAUAGAUUGAAUAUUUACCAAUCUAAGUUUGAUGAAUUGUGGCGUAAAUAUGUCACGUAUUCUGGUGGUGAAGAGUUAUUCGGUCUGACUAUUACUGAAUAUCCUGAACUGAUGAAGAUUAAGAAAGAAUUGAAUCUGCUACAGAAACUCUAUCAGCUAUAUAAUGCUGUAUUAGAGAAUGUCAAUGGAUAUUACGAUAUUGCUUGGUCUGAUAUUGAUAUUGAUAAGAUCAACUCUGAACUCUUGGAGUUCCAAAAUAGGUGUCGUAAGUUGCCAAAGGCCCUAAAGGAGUGGCAGGCCUAUGAGGAUUUGCGUAAGACUAUUGACGACUUCAAUGAAACUUGUCCACUGUUAGAGAUGAUGGCUAAUAAAGCCAUGCAAGAACGACAUUGGCAACGUAUAUCCCAACUGACUGGACAUCAACUGGAUGUAGAAGCUGAUAACUUUAUGUUACGUGAUUUAAUGAAAGCACCACUCCUACCUAAUAAAGAAGAUAUUGAAGAUAUCUGUAUCUCAGCUGUUAAAGAAAAGGAUAUUGAAGCUAAACUGAAAGUAGUUAUUAAUGACUGGAGUGCUCAGAACUUUGAGUUUGCUAAUUUUAAAACUAGAGGAGAACUUCUGUUGAAGGGUGAUACUAUUGGUGAAACUGUGGCUCUAAUGGAAGACAGUUUAAUGAUGUUGGGUUCACUUCUCAGUAACAGGUAUAAUGCUCCAUUUAAACCAAAGAUCCAAGAAUGGGUACAGAAACUAACUGGUACUACAGAGAUUAUUGAGAAUUGGUUGGUGGUACAGAACUUAUGGAUCUAUCUAGAAGCUGUAUUUGUCGGUGGUGAUAUUGCUAAACAAUUGCCACAGGAAGCCAAAAGAUUCAGUAAUAUUGACAAGUCAUGGCAGAAAAUCAUGCAGAAGGCUCAUGAAAAUACCAAUGUUGUCGCCUGCUGUGUUGGUGAUGAUACUCUUGGACAACUCUUACCACAUUUACUGGAACAGCUCGAGAUCUGUCAGAAAUCGUUGUCUGGUUAUCUAGAGAAAAAACGUCUUCUCUUCCCUCGAUUCUUCUUCGUAUCUGAUCCCGCUUUACUGGAGAUUCUGGGUCAGGCCAGUGAUUCUCACACCAUUCAGAACCAUCUACUGUCAGUAUUUGAUAAUACUAGAACUGUAACAUUUGAUGAGAAGGUAUAUGAUAAGAUACUGGAGAUUAAUUCUCAAGAAGGUGAAAGUAUUCCUUUAGAUCAACCUGUCAUGGCACAGGGUAAUGUAGAGGUCUGGCUAGGAGAACUAUUAAAUACCAGUAGAAGAUCAGUCCAUGGUGUUAUUAAAACAGCCUCUGUCUCUAUAACAGAUAGUAGUUUUAAUCUACUGGAAUUUGAAUCUCACUUUCCAUCACAGAUUGGAUUAUUGGGUAUUCAGAUGAUCUGGACCAGAGACUCUGAAGAUGCCAUCAAUAAUGCUCGUGUUGAUAAAAAGAUUAUGGCUAGCACCAAUCAGAAAUUCUUAGACAUGUUGAAUAUUCUUAUUGAUCAAACAACACAGGAACUGACCAAGAUGGAGAGAACCAAGUUUGAAACUUUGAUUACUAUUCAUGUACAUCAGAAAGAUAUCUUUGAAGAAUUGUACAAGAAUCAUGUAAAAUCUCUGAAUGAUUUUGAAUGGUUGAAACAGUCCAGAUUUUAUUUUAAAGAAGAUACUGACCAAUGUAUUAUUUCUAUCACUGACGUAGAUUUCUCGUAUCAGAAUGAGUUUUUAGGUUGUACUGAUCGUUUGGUCAUUACACCAUUGACUGACAGAUGUUACAUCACCUUAUCCCAAGCUUUAGGUAUGGCUUUAGGAGGUGCUCCUGCUGGCCCUGCCGGUACUGGUAAAACAGAGACUACCAAAGAUAUGGGAAGAUGUUUAGGAAAAUAUGUUGUAGUAUUUAAUUGUUCAGAUCAGAUGGAUUACAGAGGAUUGGGUCGUAUCUACAAAGGUUUAGCCCAAGCUGGUGCUUGGGGUUGUUUUGAUGAGUUUAACCGUAUUGAGUUACCAGUAUUGUCUGUAGCUGCCCAACAGAUUGCUAUUGUCUUAGCCUGUAAAAAGGAACGUAAAUCUCAGUUUAUCUUUACUGAUGGUGAUAAUGUUGAUAUGGAUCCUGAAUUUGGUAUCUUCUUGACUAUGAACCCUGGUUAUGCUGGUCGUCAAGAAUUGCCUGAAAAUUUAAAGAUUAAUUUCCGUACAGUUGCUAUGAUGGUACCAGAUAGAGCUAUUAUUAUCAGAGUCAAACUGGCUAGUUGUGGUUUCAUGCAGAACGUGGUAUUAGCCAAGAAAUUCUAUACUUUAUACAAACUUUGUGAGGAACAGUUGAGUAAACAGGUCCAUUAUGAUUUUGGUUUGAGAAAUAUUCUGUCUGUAUUACGUACAUUGGGAGCGUUCAAAAGAUCCAACCCAGAAGAUAGUGAAGCUACUAUUGUCAUGAGAGUCUUGAGAGAUAUGAACUUGUCUAAAUUGGUUGAUGAAGAUGAACCAUUGUUUAUGUCUCUGAUUGAAGAUCUGUUCCCUGGUAUGACUUUAGAUAAAGCUGGUUAUCCAGAUAUAGAGGCUGCUAUACAAAAACAGGUUGAACAAGCUGGUUUGAUUCAUCAUGAUCCUUGGAUAUUGAAAUUGAUUCAACUGUACGAAACCCAGAGAGUCAGACACGGUAUGAUGGCUCUAGGUCCUACUGGUGCUGGUAAAACUAAAUGUAUCCAGGUUUUGAUGAAAUCAAUGACUGAAUGUGGUACACCACAUAAAGAAAUGAGGAUGAAUCCUAAAGCUAUUACUGCACCACAGAUGUUUGGUAGAUUGGAUGUAUCCACUAAUGAUUGGACUGAUGGUAUCUUCUCCACACUCUGGAGACGUACACACAAAGCUAAGAAAGGAGAACAUAUCUGGCUUGUAUUAGAUGGACCAGUAGAUGCUAUCUGGAUUGAGAAUUUAAACUCUGUAUUAGAUGAUAAUAAAACAUUAACUCUAGCUAAUGGUGAUCGUAUUCCAAUGGCUCCUAACACUAAGAUUAUAUUUGAAGUACAUAAUAUUGAUAAUGCUUCCCCAGCUACUGUAUCUAGAAAUGGUAUGGUGUUCAUGUCUAGUUCUGUCUUGGACUGGAAUCCAAUUCUCAGAGGUUGGUUGACUAACAGACCUCCACAACAGAAAGAGAUUAUAUUUGAUUGUUUUGAGAAAGUUUUCCCUCAGCUCUAUGCCUACAUCACCCAAUCACUAGAGCCUAAAAUGGAUGUAUUAGAAUGUAGUUAUAUAAGACAAGCUAUAGAUCUAUUGGAAGGUUUGAUACCUAAAGCUGAUGAUAAUAAAGAAAUAUCUCGAGAUCACCUACAGAAACUGAUAGUCUUCUCUAUGAUGUGGUCUCUUGGUUCCUUGUUAGAACUGGCAGAUAGGAAAAAGAUGGAAGAAUGGUUGAAAAAGAACUCUGAUCUGCCUCUACCACCAGCUUCAGGAGAGAUGACUAUAUUUGAAUAUACAGUUAAUGGUGAGACAGGAGAGUGGCAGCCGUGGUCUGAUAGAGUACCAGAUUAUGAAUAUCCUGUAGAUUCCACGCCAGAAUAUACCUCUAUCUUGGUACCUAACGUAGACAAUGUGAGAACAGACUUCUUGAUAGAAACAAUUUCUAAACAGGGAAAGUCAGUCUUACUCAUUGGAGAACAGGGUACAGCCAAAACUGUUAUGGUACAAGGUUAUUGUGGUAAAUAUGAUCCUGAAGAUCAUCUCUUUAAAAGCUUCAAUUUCUCCAGUGCCACAACUACACAGAUGUUUCAGAGAACUAUUGAAAGCUAUGUUGAUAAACGUAUGGGUACCACCUAUGGUCCACCAGCUGGUAAAAAGAUGACAGUAUUUGUUGAUGAUAUUAAUAUGCCUAUUAUUAAUGAAUGGGGUGAUCAGGUUACCAAUGAAAUCACAAGACAGAUGAUGGAAUAUAAAGGAUUUUUUAAUCUAGAGAAACCUGGUGAAUUUACCAAUAUAGUUGAUAUACAGGUUAUAGCUGCUAUGAUUCAUCCUGGUGGUGGUAGAAACGACAUACCACAACGUCUCAAACGUGCUUUUAAUAUCUUCAACUGUACUUUACCAGCCAACUCUUCUAUUGAUAAAAUCUUCUUUACUGUUGGUAAUGGACAUUUCGUAAAGGAAAGAGGAUUUGACGAUGAUAUUGGACAACUUGUAAAGAGUCUAGUACCAGCAACCCGUAAAUUAUGGCAGAAAGUCAAAGUUAAGAUGCUACCAACUCCUGCCAAGUUUCACUAUGUCUUUAAUUUGAGAGAUCUUAGUAGAAUUUGGCAGGGUAUGCUUAAUACCACUUGCGAGGUCGUUAAGAAUACCAGUGUAUUGAUGUCCCUUUGGAAACAUGAGUGUACCAGAGUUAUCUGUGAUAGAUUUGUAGAUCUUGCUGAUAAAGACUGGUUUGAUAAAACUCUUAAGCAGGUAGCAGAAGAAGAAUGUGGUUCCGUUGCUAAUAGUAUGGAUCCAGAACCAUACUUUGUGGACUUUAUGAGAGAAGCUCCAGAACCAACUGGUGAUGAACCAGAUGAUGCUGAUUUGGAUGCUCCAAAAGUCUAUGAACCAAUUGCUUCUUUAGAUGCCCUCGCUGAACGACUUUCUACCUAUCAACAACAAUAUAAUGAAAGUAUACGUGGCAGUAAGAUGGAUUUGGUCUUCUUCAAGGAUGCCAUGACUAACUUAGUAAAGAUAUCACGUAUUAUAAGAACACCAAGAGGACAUGCUCUAUUAGUAGGUGUAGGUGGUUCAGGAAAACAAUGUCUCACUAGACUAGCUUCCUUUAUAGCUGGUUAUUCUACCUUCCAAAUUACAUUAACAAGAUCAUACAAUGUAACCAAUCUACUGGAAGAUUUAAAGAACCUGUACAGAACAGCUGGUCAACAAGGAAAGGGUGUAACAUUCUUAUUUACUGAUAAUGAAAUUAAAGAUGAAGCUUUCUUGGAAUAUAUGAAUAACAUUCUAUCAUCUGGUGAAGUCUCGGGUCUGUUUGCUCGAGAUGAAAUGGAUGAAAUUACUCAAGAAUUAAUUGCUGUUAUGAAGAAAGAGUUUCCAAGACGACCACCAACAGCUGAGAAUCUGUAUGAUUAUUAUUUGAGUCGAGUUAGACGUAAUCUCCAUGUUUCUCUCUGUUUCUCACCGGUUGGUGAGAAAUUCCGUAACAGAUCAUUGAAGUUUCCAGGUUUGAUAUCUGGUUGUACUAUGGAUUGGUUCCAGAGAUGGCCUAAAGAUGCUUUAGUUGCUGUAUCUAAUCAUUUCUUACAAGAUUUUGAUAUAUCUUGUACACCAACUGUCAAACAGGCUGUAGUGGAUACUAUGGGUUCAUUCCAGGAUUCUGUGUCUGAAGUUUGUGUAGACUACUUCCAGCGGUACCGUCGUCAGACCCACGUCACCCCCAAAUCAUACCUCUCUUUCUUAGCUGGUUAUAAGGUUAUUUAUGCUGAGAAAAAAGAAGAAAUUGGUGUGUUAGCUAACAGAAUGGACACUGGUCUGAAAAAACUGAUUGAAGCCUCAGAAUCGGUCAAUGUAUUAAAGAAAGAAUUAGCUGUCAAAGAAAAGGAAUUAGCUGUUGCCUCUAAGAAAGCUGAUGAAGUAUUAGCUGUUGUAACUGUUAAAGCACAAGCUGCUGAAAAAGUCAAAGCUCAAGUACAGAAAGUAAAGGAUAAAGCCCAGGCCAUUGUAGAUGCUAUUUCGGCUGAUAAAGCAGUAGCUAUGGGUAAAUUAGAAGCAGCAAAACCUGCUCUAGAGGCUGCUGAAGCAGCUUUACAGACAAUCAAACCUGCUCAUAUAUCUACUGUGAGAAAAUUGGGAAAACCACCUCAUCUUAUUAUGAGAAUUAUGGACUGUGUCAUUAUAUUGUUUCAAGUGAAAAUUGAUCCAAUAACAAUGGAUCCAGAAAGACCUUGUAUGAAGCCGUCUUGGGGUGAAGCUUUAAAACUCAUGUCUAAAUCUAAUUUCUUGCCAUCACUUCUUAACUUCCAAAAGGAUUUGAUUAAUGAAGAAACAGUAGAAUUGAUGCAGCCAUAUUUAAAUAUGGAAGAUUACAGUGUUGAAACAGCCAAGAAAGUCUGUGGUGAUGUAGCUGGUUUAGCUUCUUGGACUGAAGCUAUGGCUAUCUUCUAUGGUAUUAACAAGGAGGUCUUGCCAUUGAAAGCUAACUUGACUGUACAAGAAGCUCGAUUGAAUGUAGCUAUGAAGGAUUUGGGUGAUGCUCAAGCUCAGCUUGAUGAAAAACAAGCUGAGUUGGAUGCUGUACAAGCUCAGUUUGAUGAAGCCAUGUCACAGAAACAGGCUCUGAUGGAUGAUGCUGAUGCAUGUAGAAGAAAGAUGAACAAUGCUGAAGCUCUGAUUAAUGGUCUGUCAGGAGAACGAGUCAGAUGGACAGAAGCUAGUAAAAGCUUUGAGUCACAGAUUGUCAGACUAGUUGGUGAUGUCUUGUUGGCUACUGGCUUCUUGUCCUAUACUGGUCCCUUCAAUCAGGAGUUCCGAACCAUUAUGAUGAAAACAUGGAAGAAGGAAAUGGUUCAUGCCAAGAUUCCAUUUAGUGAUGAUGUAAAUGUAGUCAGUAUGUUAGUGGUGAACACGACUAUUAGCGAAUGGAAUCUACAAGGUUUACCCAAUGAUGAACUGUCUAUACAGAAUGGUCUGAUUGUAACAAAAGCCUCACGUUACCCAUUACUUAUUGAUCCUCAAGGUCAGGGCAAGAGUUGGAUCAAAAAUAGAGAAAAGGAACAUGAUCUACAGUUGACAGCUUUGAAUCAUAAAUAUUUCCGUACCCAUCUUGAGGACAGUUUAUCACUAGGACGUCCAUUACUGAUAGAAGAUGUAGGAGAGGAGUUAGAUCCUGCUCUUGAUAAUGUUCUAGAGAAAAACUUUAUCAAAUCUGGAAAAUCACUUAAGGUAAAAGUAGGAGAUAAAGAAGUAGAUGUGAUGCCAGGAUUUAGACUGUAUGUAACAACUAAACUAGCUAAUCCUGCCUAUACACCAGAAGUCUCAGCUAGAACCUCAAUUAUAGAUUUCACUGUUACUAUCAAAGGAUUAGAAGACCAACUGUUAGGUGUUGUCAUCUUGACAGAGAAACAAGAACUGGAAGCUGAAAGAACAAAUCUAUUAGAAGAAUUUGCUGAAGGUGUGAUAUUAAACAUGGAAACUAUGUGGGAAGAAUCUAAUAAGAGAUCACCAUUAACAUGUUUCCUGUCUAUGGGAUCUGAUCCUACAGACAAUAUAGAGAAGCUAGCUAAACAGAAAGGAUUCAGUUGUGGUGCUAUUUCUAUGGGUCAAGGACAAGAAGUACAUGCUAGAAGAUUAUUACAAAUUUCUAUGGCUGAGGGUAGAUGGGUUCUCCUACAGAAUUGCCAUUUAGGUCUCGAUUUUAUGGAUGAACUGUUGGAUACUGUUUUGAAUACAGAGGUAGUACAUGAUCAGUUUAGAUUAUGGUUAACAACUGAGGUUCAUCCUAAAUUCCCUAUCAACCUUCUACAAACUUCAGUUAAAUUCACCAAUGAACCACCUCAAGGUGUUAAAGCUGGAUUGAAGAGAACAUAUGCUGGUGUCACACAGGAACAAUUGGAAUACACCAAUCUACCACAAUGGAAACCUAUGUUAUACGCAGUGGGAUUCUUACAUACUACAGUACAAGAAAGACGUAAAUUUGGACCUAUUGGAUGGAAUAUUCCCUAUGAAUUCAACCAGUCUGAUUUCUCUGCUACAGUACAGUUUAUACAGAAUCAUUUAGAUGAUGUUGAUCCUAAGAGGGGUGUUAACUUUAUAACAAUAAGAUAUAUGAUAGGUGAAGUACAAUAUGGUGGACGUGUUACUGAUGAUUAUGAUAAACGAUUAUUAAAUACUUACUCUAAAGUCUGGUUCAGUGAAAAUAUGUUCCAGGAUUCAUUCCAGUUCUAUACAGGUUAUAAGAUACCUAAAUGUAAGACAGUAGAUGAAUAUAGAAAUGAAAUUGACAGUUUACCACUAGUUGAUACUCCUGAAUGUUUUGGACUACAUCCUAAUGCUGAUAUUACGUAA